AUGGGUGACACGGCCAAGAGGCACCAAGGAGCAGCCAGGGAUGCACUGACAGUCUACAGCAGCGAGCUGGAAGCAGUGCCCGAAUUCGAGGGGCUGCAGGAUUUCUGCCAGACGUUCCCGCUGUACCGCACCACGGGGACACCCGAGGGCGGCGAGGACCCGGUGGGCGAGUUCAAGGGGCUCUUCCGUAUCUACCCCCUGCCGGAGGACCCCAGCGUGCCGCCGCCACCGCGUCACUUCCAGGAGCUGCCACCAAGCCAGCCCCAGGAGUGCCUGGUGCGGCUCUACAUCAUCCGGGCUUUCAACCUGCCCCCCCGGGACAGGAACGGGCUGUGUGACCCCUACAUCCGGGUCUCGCUGGGAACCAAGAAGGCGGGUGACCGUGACCAGUAUGUGCCCAACACACUGGAGCCCAUUUUCGGCAGGCUCUUCGAGGUGACGGCCACCAUCCCGAUGGAAAAGGACCUGCACAUCUCACUCUUCGACUACGACCUGCUGCCGCCCGACCAGGAGAUCGGCAGCACCAGCAUUGACCUGGAGAACCGGCUGCUGUCCCGAUUCCGAGCCCACUGUGGGCUGCCCCGGCUCUACCGUGUCCACUUGGGUGGGUCGGGUGCCGCGUGGGCGCUGGGCACCGGGCGCUGGUGCACGGUGCCACGGGCUGGUGCCCCUGCAGAGAGCGGGGCCCCCACGUACCGGCACGCCGGGGCGCCCCGGGAGCGCCUGGCCCUGCACCUGCUGCACGCGUGUCGCCUCGUGCCCGAGCACCUGGAGACCCGCACGCUCUACAGCAGCACCCAGCCCGGGCUGGAGCAGGGCAAGCUGCAGCUGUGGGUGGACAUCUUCCCUGCCAGCCUCGGCCCCCCAGGACCUCCCAUCGACGUCACCCCGCGGCAGGCCACGAGGUGGCUGGCUGGGCUGGAGGAGCAGGAGCAGAGGACGGACGUGCACUACCGCUCGCUGCAAGGGGACGGCAGCUUCAACUGGCGCUUCGUGUUCCCCUUCGACUACCUGCCUGCCGAGCAGCUCUGCGUCCUGCCCAAGAAGGAUCACUUCUGGAGCCUGGACGAGACGGUGCACAAGGUGCCCCCCAAACUCAUCCUCCAAGUGUGGGACAACGACACGUUCUCAGCCGACGACUUCCUGGGCGUCCUGGAGCUGGAGCUGCUGAGCCUGCCGGAGCGGCGCGGGAGGCCCGGAGCCCGACAAGAAACAGCAGCCGCCCCCGCUGGACACGAGGGUCCCCGCUGGGUCCAUCGCACUGUGUCAGUCUGGGACGGCGGGAGCCGGGAUUAA